GAAUGCGGAGCGUAGAGUUGAGUUUUGCCGCUGAAAGAGACGAGAGGGGAGCAGACAGACGGAUGAGUGAACGCAUGAAGGUUGCUGCCUCAGAACCGACGUGCUGCUCGGAUGUGAGGGCAUCUCAGGCCGGCUGCGCGAGGACCUGUUGCCACCCUGAUUAACCCUUGACUGAGCACGUGACACCGACAGUCUGACGAGAACCAUGACGGCCAUCAACGCACCUCGGGACAAAUACAAUGCAGUAUGGAUCAUUUUCUUCAUCCUUGGCUUGGGAACCCUCUUACCAUGGAAUUUCUUUAUGACGGCAACAAUGUACUUCACGAGUAGACUAAGGGACCCAAUAGAAGAUGCCCCCUCCAAUCACACAGCAAAUGGGACUUCGGUGGGCGUUGACACUCGCAAUGUGCUGGAGUCAAAGUUCAACAACGUGAUGACACUUUGUGCCAUGGUGCCUCUGCUCAUCUUCACUUGCCUCAACUCCUUCAUACACCAGAGGAUUCCUCAGAAGCUGCGGAUAUCUGGCAGCCUGACAGUCAUCUUCGUGGUCUUCCUGAUAACUGCAAUCUUCGUCAAGGUUGAUGUAGCUCCGCUGCCCUUCUUCACCAUCACAAUGAUCAAAAUUAUCUGCAUCAACUCGUUCGGGGCGAUUCUUCAGGGCAGUCUGUUCGGGCUGGCAGGGAUUCUGCCUGCCUCUUACACCACUCCCAUAAUGAGCGGACAGGGGCUCGCUGGCGCCUUCGCUGCUUUCUCCAUGAUCUGCGCACUGGCCAGCGGCUCAGCCCUGCAGGACAGCGCUUUUGGCUACUUCAUCACAGCCUGUGUUGUUAUUCUGCUGGCCAUAAUGUCCUACCUCGCUCUGCCCAGAAUGGAGUUUUUCCAGUACUAUACAGAGAGUGGUGGAUCCAGACCCUCUGCUGAUGAGGAAAAUAAGAUGGACUUGCUUAGAAAAGAAAGUCCUGCAGAGAAGCGACCGGUGGUGAGUCUGAUGGACGAAGAGCCCAGACCCAGCGUGUCUGUGAUCAACAUCUUCAAACAGAUCUGGGUGAUGGCUCUGUCCGUCUGCUUCAUCUUCACCGUCACCAUUGGAACAUUCCCAGCCGUCACAGUCGAGGUCAAGUCCACAGUAGCAGAUGGAGGCGUCUGGGAGAACUACUUCAUCCCUGUAUCGUGUUUCCUCCUCUUCAACGUGAUGGACUGGGCUGGCAGGAGUCUGACGGCCGUCUGUAUGUGGCCGGGUAAAGACAGUUUCUGGCUUCCUGUCCUGGUGGGUCUGCGAGUCGUCUUCAUCCCUCUCUUCAUGCUGUGUAACGUCCAGCCUCGUUACUACCUCCCCGUGUGGUUCUCACAUGACGCACUGUACAUCAUCUUCAUGAUCUUCUUCUCCUUCUCCAAUGGAUACCUGGCCAGUCUCUGCAUGUGCUUUGGACCCAAGAAGGUGGCACAGCAUGAGGCAGAGACGGCGGGGGCCAUCAUGGCCUUCUUCCUGUCCCUUGGCUUGGCGCUGGGCGCUGCGGUCUCGUUUGCUUUCCGGGCCAUGAUCUAGAAUCCCCAGCAGACCCUUCAGUAGAUGUAGAUUAGACCAACUGCCCUCAAAUGCUUUCCCUGUCAUUAUUCUGUAGGGGAGAGCUCCUCAACAACCUCCAGCUGAGCGGAGACAGCACAGACCAGAAGACUAAAGGGUCGCGGUCUUCUGACGCGAGCGGUAGAGACUCUUCUCAAACAGUGAAACAUGUUACUGAAUAGUUUAUUUUCCUAAUUGAUGCCAUUGAUCAAGUUGGUUGCUUCUCCGACACAAAUUGAGGAGUGCGAAGAGCAACAAACAAAUCAAAACCAAAAGUGUUAACCGAGAUCAGCUGUAGUCGACUCGUCAUGUAGAAGAAACUGCCAAAUGAUGAGCUCAGACACUGUUGAUGAAGACGGACUUUACACAAAGCAUCCAGGAGCCUCGUUCACUAGAUGAGCUUUUGCACAAAAUCAUUCAAAAAAAAAAAAAAAAAAAGGCAAUAUUGUUUUUUUGUUGUUAAGUUAUACACUUCUUUCUCUGACACAGUCACAUUCUUUAGUAAUCAAAUGAAGUUCUGAUGGUGUGUAAAUAAACUCUAAAUACGUUUUUAUAAACGAGGCUCCUAGAUUCUGGUGUUUGGCUCGUCUAUGUCAACCUCUAAGUAGAACCCAUCUCUUUGUAAACUGUGACCCUCGACGUAACUGAUUUUUUUUUUUUUUGAUAAGCAGUGUUACAUCACUCUGAACUGUUGCAGCUUUUAUUUCUGAUCAAACCAAAUACAUAAAGACAACGUGGGGAAAUGAUGAAGACCAUGAUCCAUCAGGCGGCUGAGUAUAAACCGCUUUGCUCCCUCUAGUUCCUCUAGGGUCAAGUGUGUGUGUGUGUGUGUGUAUGUGUGUGUGUGUGUGUGAGCUUCAUAAAGAUUGUAAGGGCGAUUUAAAUCCUACAGACGAGAUUUUAAUCAAUAAUCUGGGCCACUAACAGCUGAGUAUUCAUUGUCAUAGUGCGUGGCGUUUUGUCUCUCCUGUAGUUUUAGAUGAAGUGAGUCUGUUUCAGUUUGUCUUCAUCUGCCAGAUAGAAGCAGAAAUGUCAUUUUCUGAUCCCACAUUGUGAAGUUUUUACAGUUUGUGUCUUCCUGGGCAGACUUUUUUUUUUCUUGCCAUAAUGUGUUUUUGAACGCAGCACAAAAAGAGAAAAAUAUGCAGCUUUCAGUGACAUGAAAUGUGCCAUCGUGACUGAGAUUUGGAGACAUCUCUCAUAAUUACACGUGUUCUCAUGGAAGAUAGGUUUUAUAUCAGAAGUAGUUUUUAGUCGGGAUGCACGAUGUGGGUGUUUUCAGCCGAUAAGGAUUGUUACCAUCUUCUCAUGGCCAAUACGAUACCAUAUUUUU